UUGGGAGUCGGGGGCAGGUUAGGACCCUGCCCCAAACUCUGACCCUCAUUAAGGCCCUUGACCAGUGAAAUGUAAUCUCUGGGUUCUUAUUUCCUCCCUCCACCUCACCACUUUAUCCCCUCCCCCACAUUCAAUCCUUAUUUCCAUUCCCCCUCCCUCCUCUGAUGUCCAUCACCUAUAUCUUUCCCCCCAUAUGGUGUCCGUUCCUUAUAUGAGUCCCCGCUCUGUCCUUCCCCUGUAUUAGUCCCUUUUCUUUGCCUCUCUUCAGUCUGAUAGUUGCCUUAUAUGUCUAUCACCUCUUCACCCCCUCAUUCAUGACUCCCUUGUCCUAGUACCCCUGUUAAUUCCCCCUCAUUUCCUCUGUCCCAUGUCUAACUGGGCCCUUCUGGUAUAUUCCUUGGCCCUAGGGAUUUACCAUGAUUUCUGACUCCGUUUCUCUUAGAUCCAUCCCUGUGAUUUGUACCGCAGCCCAGCCUCUGUUCCCUAUCCCAUUCCCUGUUUUGUCAGCACACGUAUGUGCCUACCCACUUUACCCUAACACUCCAGCUUUUAUCAGCUGUUCCUCUUUUCUUGUUUCCUCUACUUCCUGGAAUGUUGGAGGUUUGGGGAGCAAAAAUACAGGUUUUGAUGGUUGAAUCAGGCCCUAGAAAAUAUCUCCAUCUGAGCCCUGUGGAAUUACUCAUCCCAGUAAAUCUUUCCCCUUUCUCAGCCGUGUUCCUGUGUCCCUUCCUUACAUAUGCUCCCAGAAUCGUCCUACUUAAUCCGGACAGUGUGUGUGCGUGUGUGUGUUGUGUGUGUGUGUGUGUGUGUGUGUGUGUGUGUGUGUGUGUGUGUGUUUCCAGAGUUGCCCCUAAGCUAAGUUCUCUGGGUCUUUCCCUGCUCCCAGGAGGAAGGUGCCUCCUGAAGUCUAACUUGCCUCCCCGUGGCUGCAGCCUAAACCAACCCCUCCUGUAAUGAUUAUGUGUAUCAACAGACUUCUCCUCUGGGGGUCCUCAGAGUCUGAGUGGGCAUGUUGCCUGCAGAGUCUACAGUCUCAGAAGCUAGGGUUUGGUGAUCUCUGUGGCUAGAGGGUAUCGGUUAGAGUUUCCUAGACGGCAUUGAGGUAGUGAGAGUUUCAAAGUAUUGGGGUUUGUAGAUGUCUAUAUUCUGGGAGUUCAUCUCUGACACUGAUCUGAUGGUUGGGUAAAUUUGAAAAGAUGCUUGUAGACAGAAAGGGGCUCGAUUUUUCAAAACUCCUACUCAUGGCAUUCAGUUAGAAUGAAGCUCAAAGACCACUUCCUUUCCUGCAAUAUACCCAUGAUUAAUUAUCCUGUAAGCGCGACAGAAUUUGACUUCUCUUCCUCUAAACUCUUUCACUCUUGAUACCUUAAGCCUAUUUUCUGUAACUUUGAUGUGACCAAGUUGAUUUCUCCUACUUUCAUAGGGCCUGUCCCUGUGAUGGUAUGUGGCAGUGGGGUUUAAAAAAGAGGCAGUUUUCAGGGAUGGGGCAUGGGAAAAGCAAUAGCAAAUUGGGGAAGGAGACUGGGGACAGCUCUGAGCAUGGGCAAUCCUUGGUCUGCUGUUCUUUUCCAGAAGUUUCAUCUCCAUCCCCAGCUAUAGUCUUUGGAGAGCCCCCCUAUGUCACAGGCCUGGAUCAUUCAUUCUCUCCUCCCCUCUUUCUUCCUCAGCUCCUCACUGUGCCUUGGAGAAGUUCCUAAUCUGUGGUGUUGGCUCCCAUCCUGUCCAUGAAGACUAGGUGGGGAGGCAGGGUAGUACGGAAUCUUUGAUUUCUGGGCAUAGAAUAGGGGAAGAGGUCAAUUCAGUCUGUAUUCAUUCAAACAAGGGCAUAUUUCCUGCCUCCUCACUCUCUGGUCCCUCCACAGUCAGAUGCUGACAAGGUCCAUCCUCCCCCCACCACUGGAAGAAUGAGAACCUUCCCCAAAGGAUGAGUAGGGUUGAGCUAGGGAAGAAGAGAGCAGAGGUUAGAGGUGAGGCAGGAAAGGAGACCCUCUCAUGUCUUUGACUCUGUGAACAGAUGUACGGGGACCCCCUAUGCACCGAACCCAAUACGUUCAUUCCCCAUAUGAUCGUCCUGGUUGGAACCCUCGGUUCUGCAUCAUCUCGGGGAACCAGCUUCUCAUGUUGGAUGAGGAUGAGAUACACCCCCUUCUGAUCCGGGACCGGAGGAGCGAGUCCAGUCGCAACAAGCUGCUGAGACGCACAGUCUCCGUGCCGGUGGAGGGGCGGCCCCACGGCGAGCAUGAAUACCACUUGGGUCGCUCGAGGAGGAAGAGCGUCCCAGGGGGGAAGCAGUACAGCAUGGAGGCCGCCCCCGCUGCACCCUUCCGACCCUCGCAAGGCUUCCUGAGCCGGAGGCUAAAAAGCUCCAUCAAACGCACGAAGUCACAGCCCAAACUUGACCGGACCAGCAGCUUUCGCCAGAUCCUGCCUCGCUUCCGAAGUGCUGACCAUGACCGGGCCCGGCUGAUGCAGAGCUUUAAGGAGUCACACUCUCACGAGUCCUUACUGAGUCCUAGCAGUGCAGCUGAGGCCUUAGAGCUCAACUUGGAUGAAGAUUCCAUUAUCAAGCCAGUGCAUAGCUCCAUCCUGGGCCAGGAGUUCUGUUUUGAGGUAACAACGUCAUCAGGAACAAAAUGUUUUGCCUGUCGUUCUGCAGCAGAAAGGGACAAAUGGAUCGAGAAUCUACAACGGGCAGUAAAACCCAACAAGGACAAUAGCCGCCGGGUGGACAAUGUGUUGAAGCUGUGGAUCAUAGAGGCUCGGGAGCUGCCACCCAAGAAGCGGUACUAUUGCGAGCUCUGCCUGGAUGACAUGCUGUAUGCACGCACCACCUCCAAGCCCCGCUCGGCCUCAGGGGACACCGUCUUCUGGGGCGAGCACUUUGAGUUUAACAACCUGCCAGCUGUCCGUGCUCUUCGGCUACAUCUGUACCGUGACUCAGACAAAAAACGCAAGAAGGACAAGGCAGGCUAUGUCGGCCUGGUGACUGUGCCCGUGGCCACCCUAGCUGGGCGCCACUUCACAGAGCAGUGGUACCCUGUAACCCUGCCAACAGGCAGCGGGGGCUCAGGAGGCAUGGGGGGUUCAGGAGGGGGAGGGGGCUCAGGGAGUGGCUCGGGGGGCAAGGGCAAAGGAGGCUGCCCGGCUGUGCGGCUAAAGGCACGGUACCAGACAAUGAGCAUCCUGCCCAUGGAGCUGUAUAAGGAGUUUGCAGAGUACGUCACUAACCAUUAUCGGAUGCUGUGUGCAGUACUGGAGCCCGCCCUGAAUGUCAAGGGCAAGGAGGAAGUUGCCAGUGCGCUGGUUCACAUCCUGCAGAGCACGGGCAAGGCCAAGGACUUCCUUUCCGACAUGGCCAUGUCUGAGGUGGACCGGUUCAUGGAACGGGAGCACCUCAUAUUCCGCGAGAACACGCUCGCCACUAAAGCCAUAGAAGAGUAUAUGAGACUGAUUGGUCAGAAAUACCUCAAGGAUGCCAUUGGGGAAUUCAUCCGUGCUCUGUAUGAGUCUGAGGAAAACUGCGAGGUGGACCCCAUCAAGUGCACGGCAUCCAGCUUGGCAGAGCACCAGGCUAACCUACGAAUGUGCUGUGAGUUGGCCCUGUGCAAGGUGGUCAACUCCCAUUGCGUGUUCCCGAGGGAGCUGAAGGAGGUGUUUGCAUCUUGGCGACUGCGUUGCGCAGAGCGGGGCCGGGAGGACAUCGCUGACAGACUGAUUAGCGCCUCGCUCUUCCUGCGCUUCCUCUGCCCAGCCAUUAUGUCGCCCAGUCUCUUUGGGCUUAUGCAAGAGUACCCAGAUGAGCAGACCUCACGAACCCUCACCCUCAUCGCCAAGGUUAUCCAGAACCUGGCCAACUUUUCCAAGUUUACCUCAAAGGAGGACUUUCUGGGAUUCAUGAAUGAGUUUCUGGAGCUGGAGUGGGGUUCCAUGCAGCAGUUCCUGUACGAGAUCUCUAACUUGGACACACUGACCAACAGCAGUAGCUUUGAGGGUUACAUCGACUUGGGCCGAGAGCUCUCCACACUGCAUGCCCUGCUCUGGGAGGUGCUGCCCCAGCUCAGUAAGGAAGCCCUCCUGAAGCUGGGCCCGCUGCCCCGGCUCCUCAAUGACAUCAGCACGGCUCUGAGGAACCCCAACAUCCAAAGGCAGCCAAGCCGUCAGAGCGAGCGGCCCCGGCCUCAGCCCAUGGUGCUGCGGGGCCCAUCAGCCGAGAUGCAGGGCUACAUGAUGCGGGACCUCAACAGCUCCAUCGACCUUCAGUCCUUCAUGGCUCGAGGCCUCAACAGCUCUAUGGACAUGGCUCGCCUCCCCUCCCCAACCAAGGAAAAGCCGCCCCCACCACCACCUGGUGGGGGAAAAGAUCUGUUCUAUGUAAGCCGCCCACCCCUGGCCCGUUCCUCGCCAGCAUAUUGCACGAGCAGCUCGGACAUCACAGAGCCAGAGCAGAAGAUGCUGAGUGUCAACAAGAGUGUCUCCAUGCUGGAUCUGCAGGGCGAUGGGCCUGGUGGCCGGCUCAACAGCAGCAGUGUGUCCAACCUGGCAGCUGUUGGGGACCUGCUGCACUCGAGCCAGGCCUCUCUGACAGCGGCCUUGGGUCUGCGGCCUGCACCUGCUGGACGCCUCUCCCAGGGGAGUGGCUCGUCCAUCACAGCAGCUGGCAUGCGCCUCAGCCAGAUGGGUGUCACCACGGACGGUGUGCCUGCCCAGCAACUGCGCAUCCCCCUCUCCUUCCAGAACCCUCUCUUCCACAUGGCUGCUGAUGGGCCAGGCCCCCCAGGGGGCCACGGAGUGGGAAGUGGCCAUGGCCCACCCUCCUCCCAUCACCACCAUCACCAUCAUCACCACCACCGAGGUGGAGAGCCCCCUGGGGACACCUUCGCCCCAUUCCAUGGCUAUAGUAAGAGUGAGGACCUCUCCUCUGGGGUCCCCAAGCCCCCCGCUGCUUCCAUCCUUCACAGCCACAGCUACAGUGAUGAAUUUGGACCCUCUGGCACUGACUUCACACGUCGGCAGCUUUCACUCCAGGACAACCUGCAGCACAUGCUGUCCCCUCCCCAGAUCACCAUUGGUCCCCAGAGGCCUGCCCCCUCGGGGCCUGGAGGUGGGAGCGGUGGGGGGGGCAGUGGCGGGGGCAGCGGGGGCCAGCCACCUCCGUUGCAGAGGGGCAAGUCUCAACAGUUGACAGUCAGCGCUGCCCAGAAACCCAGGCCAUCCAGCGGGAAUCUGUUGCAGUCACCGGAGCCGAGUUACGGCCCUGCCCGUCCACGGCAGCAGAGCCUCAGCAAAGAGGGCAGCAUUGGGGGCAGCGGGGGCAGCGGUGGCGGAGGGGGUGGGGGGCUCAAGCCCUCCAUCACCAAGCAGCAUUCGCAGGCACCAUCUACACUGAACCCCACGAUGCCAGCCUCCGAGCGGACGGUGGCCUGGGUCUCCAACAUGCCUCACCUGUCGGCUGACAUCGAGAGUGCCCACAUCGAGCGGGAAGAGUAUAAGCUCAAGGAGUACUCUAAGUCGAUGGAUGAAAGCCGGCUGGACAGGGUGAAGGAGUACGAGGAGGAGAUCCACUCACUGAAGGAGCGGCUGCACAUGUCCAACCGGAAGUUGGAAGAAUAUGAGCGGAGGCUCCUGUCCCAGGAAGAGCAGACCAGCAAAAUCCUAAUGCAGUAUCAGGCUCGACUCGAACAGAGUGAGAAGAGGCUAAGGCAGCAGCAGGUGGAGAAGGAUUCACAGAUCAAGAGCAUCAUUGGCAGGCUGAUGCUGGUGGAGGAGGAGCUGCGCCGGGACCACCCCGCCAUGGUUGAGCCGCUGCCUGAACCCAAGAAGAGGCUGCUCGACGCUCAGGAGAGGCAGCUUCCCGCCUUGGGUCCAACAAACCCGCGUGUGACGCUGGCCCCGCCUUGGAACGGCCUGGCCCCCCCAGCCCCGCCCCCCCCACCCCGGCUGCAGAUCACCGAGAACGGCGAGUUCCGAAACACCGCAGACCACUAGCCCACCCAGCAUCACAGACUUUCUUCUCCCUCCCCGUGCACCCCACACUGGAACAGCACCAGCCACCAGGACUGGACAUCGCUGAGGGACAGCGGGAUUGCCUCCCUGAAUGCCUCCUUGGGGGACACCAAUCCCCCCUCCCUUAGCUUAGGGAGAGCGGUGACCCUUAGCUGCCCCCUUCCCCUUGCUAUUGGGGUGCUGCCAACUGUGACCCCCAGGGACCCUUGCCCCAGGACACCACCUACCCCAUACAGACCCCUUCACUCCGGGGUGCUAUCCCCAUCCUCUGCCUCAUUGUUCCCCUGAGCACUGGGGGACAGACCCUUGCCCCCACCCUGGGGGUGUGGCACCUCCAAACUUUCAACUUCAGGGUGAUUUUUUAGCAGUAACCAGAGCUGACAAUCUAACUCCCCUCCACCGCCCCAUUUUGGCCUCCCCUGUCCCCCUUGUUAUGGGGAGGGGACCCCAGGUGAGGGGGCCCUAUUACCCCUUGAUUUCUCAGGAGCGUCUGGGGGGGCUCAGCACGCACAAACCCCUUCUCCUUCUAUCACUCUUAAAUUUACUCCCUCCCCACCUAGAACCCAGAUGGGGUGGAGGGGCCACCGGGGCAGGGAGGGGGCGGCAAGGGGGGAAUGGGAGUUGUCUCCCCUUCCCCCCACACCUGAUCUGCUCUUGGCUGGUCCCAGAGCGGGGUGAGGGGGCUCAUGCCCCCCCCUCCCCCAGUGUGUUGGGUGGGGUGGAAUUGAGGUUAGGGUGAGGGGUUAGGGUUUAGGAGGGUGUGUAUGUUGGGGAGGACAGACUAGUUGAUCUGUCCUACCCUGACACACACAGUCCCCUCUGAUCCUUCCCUCUCUCUUCUUGUCUCUUCUUGGUCUCUGCUCCCAGGGGGAGGAGGGAACUUACUCUAGGAAAAGCCAUGUCUCUCUCCCCCAGGGUGGGGGGACCUGUGUUGGAGGAGGGGUGUUGGAGGCCCCCUUCCACGACUCUGUCCCCCACGGGAGGUAGGACAGGGCUGGGCUUCCCUCUCAUCCUCCCCCCUACCCAAUCUCCCUCUACCUACCUCCCUCCCUCCCUCCCGCCAGCUCCACAAUUUUUCGGUGUUUCUCUGUACAUAGCUCUCUGGCGGGAUAGGGGAGGUAGGAAUGGAUGGGGUUUGGGGUGGGUAGGUCAUGGGAGGGGAGAAGCCCCUCCUUAGCACCCCCUCUUCCCUGACUGCUGUCCCCUACCCAGCCUUGCCCCUCAUUCCUUCUUGCGUUUGGUAUUGAGACUCUUCCCAGACUCCUCCCUUUCUUUUGUAUGGACAGUUCCCAUUCAGUUCCACCCCCCUACACACAUUCACCCAGCCGGGGCCAAAUUUAUACUUAUAUAAAAGUUGUAAAUAUGUGAAAUUUUAUCCCUGUGCCCUUUCCUUGCUUUCCUGACCUCAGACCCUACCCCGGGACCCCCUUUCCUCCUCUCUUCUUCGGCUGUUGUAAUUAUCUGGGGUUUGUACUGUACAUAUCUGGGAUGUGUGUGUGGGGGCUGGGGGCAGCCCCUCUGUACAGAGCUUCCUGGCCCCCUACCCCCCACGCUUCCCUCCACCUGCCACCCUAAGGGUAGAGAGAUGCUCUUUCUACCUAUUUUAUUUUGUUUUCUCGUUCUUCCUCCCCUCCCUAACCCACAUCCAGCCUUCUCUAUUCCCCACCACUGUACCUCUUCUCCACUCCCAGCCCCAUUUCCUUUUUUUCUGGAGUGUGUGGUGAAACAGAAAAAUCAUGUUUAAUAAACGGAGAUUGUUCUUUUA